CUCAAAGCAAGACAUUUAUUUCCUUCUUGGAAGGCAAGGGUUGUCACAGUUUGCUGUUGUGUAUAAGUAGCAAGUUAGUUAGAGAUCAGUAAGCAGCUGACACAAUCAUGCCAAGCAACGCUCAUUGUAUCGUCCCUGGCUGCUCAAAUCGUAAAAGCAGCUGCAAGUUUGGUUUGUUUGAAACUGAUGAUGCGAACUCGCAAGGACGAAAAGUGUUUGUGAAGCGUCGUCUAUGUGGAUCAGACCUGGCUCGUGUUGGCUGCGGAGGAACAGCAGAGGUCUGUAAAGCUGUAUCUUUUCAUCGUUUGCCUAAAGAUUCGGAUCGACGCCGGCAUAUCAGGGCCGAGUGGCUUGCCAAAAUACCAAGAGUCAACACUCCUCUUUCUGGAAACUCGUAUGUCUGUGGGGUGCACUUUCCUGGUGGUCGACCUGUGACGGAGGACGAGCCACCUUCCCGUUUCUUGGACAAAGCCGUCGUAGUGAAGAGGAAGAGCCGUGUUUCGACAGGCGAAGUCAGUCGACCCGUUGAAGCGAUUGAUAUUGAUGACGAUGUUGAUUUACCAGUCACAGAUGAAUCGGUGCCUGAGGCUGCAACACUUUUAGCUGACCAUGAUUAUGGUGAAGUUCCCGUUCUCCAAGAGAACAAAAUAAAGACUUUGGAAGCACAAGUGGCUAAGUUGCGGUCCCAGUUGGAGCAGGCCUUGUACAAUUUGGAUGAAUCGGAAGAAGCUUUGCGGAAAUGCCAACUCCAUUACUCGAACAUCCGACAUGACAACAAGAUUGUACUGUUUUACACGGGCCUGAGUUCUCUGGCGUUUGACUUGUUGCUGGAUCAGUUGCGGUGUGGAUGUCAAGACAUGUGCUUUGCUACUAAAGUGCCAGCUGAUUUCCUUGGCCAGGACAGCCGUGGCAGACGAAGAGCAUUGGUGUAUGAAGACGAGUUGCUAUUGACCCUUGUCAAACUUCGGCAUACUUUCCCUGAGUCAGAUUUAGCACUGCGAUUCGGAAUAGAUCAAUCCACGGUGUCCCGAAUAUUUUCAACGUACAUUCGUUGCAUGUACUUCUCUAUGAAAGAAGUGGACAUUUGGCCGAGCGGGGCUCUGAUUGAUCGCUACAUGCCCGACGUCUUCAAAGACAAGUACCCACGCACCCGGGUAAUUAUUGACGCAACAGAGUUUCCCAUUGAGAAGCCAGCCAACCCAACUGUACAAGCAGCCACCUGGUCGAAUUACAAAAACAGGAACACUUUCAAACUGUUAGUUGGUGUGACACCUACCGGUGCAAUAUCGUUUCUGUCUCCUCUUUAUGGCGGGCGCAUUUCUGAUAAGAAACUGACAAAGCGAAGUGGGCUAAUGAAGUUGAUGGAGAAGGGUGAUGCCAUCAUGGCCGACCGUGGUUUCGACAUUGCCGAUCUGCUACCGGAGGGUGUCGAUCUCAACAUACCCCCGUUUCUUGGUUCUCGAGAUCAGCUUGAUGAAGAAGAGGUGAUCGAAACUCGGCGUAUUGCUAGCGUGCGUAUUCAUGUGGAGAGAGCAAUGGAAAGGAUCAAGAACUUCAGGAUAACUCACUUCUUAUCUUCCGUGUUGUGCCCUUUGGCUGAGCAGAUCAUAUUUGUGUGUGCAUUCCUCACUAACUACAUGGAGCCCCUGGUACCUCCGCCUGUUAGUAAGCCAUCGACACAGUCUGCACACUUUUCUUCUGCUGCUACGAACGUGCCAUCUCCUGUAGCUGCUACUGCUGCUGCUAUCAGCGUGCCAUCUUCUUCUGUAGCCGCUGCUGCCUAUGUGACCACUCCCGUAUGUUUGUUUUGCAAGCGCUCAGAUGGCCCACUUCUUAGAGUUUGUAGGUCUUGUAACUCACGCUACCACCAUAUGUGUCAGAAUGAUGAUGAAGAUGGGCGUCUAUGUAAUUCUUGCUUUAUGACCAGGCCGCUCUGUUGAAAGCUUUUUGCGCAUGCCGAUAUUCCUACGUGGCCUCGGUAUUUUCUUCCCCUCUUUUCUUUGUGUUAUGUUGUGAGUAAUGGUGCCCCUACACAAUGAUGCUUAUUUCACUCAGGACUUCGUACUUCGAAGUAGAAGUAGUGAUGCUCCUAUUUGUCUGUUUGUGCUGUUCACCAGGUAGGAAAUGUGGCCUGUGACUGCUGCAAGUGCCGCUUACUUUGAAGUAAAUACGAAUACUCAUGUAA